AGUCGACCACAUCACUUUCACGGGAGAACUAGAAACAAAGUUGUGACCGAAUCGUGUUGAGCAUAAGAAAUGUCGAGUUAGAUAAAUUUAGUACCUUAACUUAGAAUCCUAAAUUAAUACAUAGUCUAUAGUAGAGCAGUGUCAUAACACUUUAAAAAUGAAAUCUAUGAUAAGUAAAUGCCUUUACUAUUUGCUGGUAAUAGCAAUCAGUGAAUUUGAACUGACGCGUAGUGAUGUGAUCAGUGAUCAAACGACGGACAAAGUGACAAUCAUGAAUGGCGUCCCGGAUGAUGGGGGAGGACCGGAGAAUAGAAUUUUGACACGGAAACGACGGUUUCUGUCGUUUCCGGAAGGCAGUUCCUUUCAAGUGGUGUACGAUCAGACAAUUCCAAUUAUCGGCAGCACCCUGCUGUUCACGGUCGGAAUUACCUGUGCCAUGGCGUGGCAACUGCCGAGUAUUUCAUUCCUGGAAAUCAUCAAAAUGCUGCAAGAGGACGCACUGAAGGGUUCCCUGAUCCGUCGAACGGACGAGAACGUCAAUCAGACCGUUUUGAUUGACACCAGCACCAGCAAAUACGACACCGGCAACAAACAUUCGUACUAUUACACCGAUCCGAAAGUGCAAAAUCACUUGACCGGCUUAUCGAGCCAGUCGCAAAAUAUCCUCAAUUACUAUUACAAAUUGCUUCAACUACAACAACAACAACAGCAACAACAGAGAAACCCAUCAUGGCCAGGAAACUCCAAUCGAAUAAACUACUACACGACGAGUGGCAAUAAUUUCGCCGAGUAUGAUAAAUAUCGCCCCAAGUGGCCACAGAAGCAACCUUUGGACAGACCUAAUGGCCUCGGUGCUUGGCAGCAGAACUUCCUGACGCCCUACAAUUGGACCAGGAACGAUUGGACCAGUGUCGUCAACAGGGCCAUCCAAGCUUGGGUCCAGAGACAUCCACCGAAUUAUCAGUUUAGCCGGAAACGCUUUUAUCCGGUGUUUGGCAAACGGAGCAUCGACGAGAACACCCACCCGGAGGACAAACUCUUCCUAGAUCAUCACCGUGCGACCCGACACGAGUUGUAUGCGAAAAUUGAAAAGUUCCUCGAGGCGAAAGGAAAACAUGGCAAUCAUUGCGUUCGGAGAGCGUUGUGUGAAACUGGCCAACGGAAGAACGAUCCGGACGCUAAACCGGAAUCUUUCCUCAGGGAGAUACUGAAGGCCGUGUUCAGCUUACCAACAACCCACGAGACACCGGAUCAUCCGGUGCACCGGCAGUACGAUGAAGCCCAUGCUCACCCGGGAGAUUGUUCGGAAAAAUAUCCACACUGCCAGGACAGUUUUUGGGCCGAAGAUUUUAUAUUUUAGGGUGUGCGUGCGAACAUCCGAGGGGCCUCAUGAUUUGGAACCGGUUGAUUGACAAGGAAAUCAUCAAAUAUACGAUUCACAUGCACUGGAAAAUAGCCAUUCGAUGCCAAAAAACAAACAAAAUCUC